GAACCCUGCAUGGAUGCAGAAGGCUAUGGUGGCCAAUGGCCCAAAAGCCCUCGGCCACAUGGCAGAUGCAAUCACUGCGUACCAUGACGGUAAACCUGAUCAGUUCGGGACUGCAACUGGCACCGUGAUGCGAGAAUUUCUGCUCAGCAACCCUGACAGCAUCACGCCGGAGGUCCCGCUUCCACCGAAGGAGUCCCUGGCGAAUGUCACGGGUGGCUUCAUGGAUGGUUUCUUCG